GGCUUCGCUGGUGAGGAUCAACAGUGAUAACGAGGUAUAUCAUUAGGCCGACGUGAGUGGAGGGUAGCAGUAGGGCACGCCACGCAUGUGGCCGGGGCCGUCGUCGCAUCUGGUGACGAGGGGGGUGCGGAGGGGGCUAAAAUUAGUAUCGGGCCGCCACGUGCGCUGGCUGCCACCAAGCCGUUUCAGUCCGCGCGCAACCAUCACGACGAUCACUCGCUCCGACCGCUCUCCAGUGUUUACAAGCACAUAACCUACGCACCGGUACACCGGACUGACAGCCAGUGACAGUGUUUGGAGUGUUAGCCGGCGCGACGGAGGCGGUGCAAGGAAUGUUGAUGGCGGGCGCUUUGCCGGCCGAGCCUGAGGGUCUCUUGGCCCUCAGUGCACUCCCGGGACAAAAGGACACCACCUGGACGAAGCUGUUCGUCGGCGGACUACCCUAUCACACGACGGAUAAGAGCCUGAGGGAACACUUCGCCGUGUUCGGUGACAUAGAGGAAGCGGUCGUCAUAACAGACAGGCAGACUAGUAAAAGCAGGGGAUAUGGCUUCGUAAUAAUGUCGGACAGAGCUGCGGCCGAGCGCGCGUGUAAAGAUCCCAACCCCAUCAUAGAUGGAAGGAAAGCAAAUGUGAACCUUGCCAUUCUAGGAGCAAAACCCAGAGGAAAUCUAGCACCAGGGUUUGGUUUGGCUGCGGCGGCAGCGGCAGGAGUGCGCGCUGGUUACCCUACUGUGCUACCUUCUCCGUAUGGGUUGUCUCCUGGGUACGUGUAUGGCGCUCCUGGUUACGUAGGGACAAUGGGCGGGGUGGGAGCUGGGGUCGGCGCUGGUGCAGGGGGCUUGGUACAACUACCUCAGCUGCAACAUGCUGCAGCGGUAGCGGCCGCAAACCACUUAUAUGAAUACCAGGCUGCGGCUGCGCAGGGCGCUGCGGCAUAUCAGCAGCAAUACGCAGCGGCAGGAUUCGAUCCAUAUGCUACCGCCGCAGAUAUGUAUGUUUCAGCAGCGGCAGCGGCGGCUACCGGGGCAGGCUACGUAUCUCCAUACUACGCGUUGCCAGGAGGUGGAGUGCAGGCCCCUCUUUUACCCCCACUCCCAUAUCCCCCUCAGCUGCAAGAAGCGAGAAUGCAGUAGAUCUCACGUCAGCUAAUAUACCAAAACAACUCUAAACCUUAUUUCGACAUAAACAAAGUCUGUUCUCGAAAGUUUUACUAAUGUAUGCUUGAAGGUAAUAUUUAAAACGGAAUAUUGUAAUGUAAAACCCUGUUUACUAAAGGGUAUUAUGAGAGAGUGAUAGAUGACAAGUGGUUGUAAAAAAAAUAUAUAUUUACUUACUUUGAAAAAAGAACUUUCAUAUAAUACACUUUUUAAGUCAGAGACAAAAGGUUACUCUCGUUACCGCAGUAAGCCAAAUAUUUAUACUAAAGCAUAGUUGAUGUCUAGAACUAGUUGAAUCUAUCAACCAAAAAUAUUAAUCAAUGACCAAAGCUGUGAGCUUUUACUUAGAGUUUAAAUGGCGUAAGUGCGCAUUUGUAAUAACCAUGGUUAGAUGGUAUUAUAAAUUAACUACAUAAAAGAGUACGUCUAGUUAAUAGAGGAUAUUUUUAAAAGCUUAAAAACUACGUUAUAAAUAACCUACACGUUUAUUCUAGAAUCACUUAUUCAACUUCCUGACAUCAUACAUAUUUUCCUAUUUUUUAUACUAAGUAGGUUAACAUUAGAUAUAUUUUUUAAUAAAGAUAAAAUUUUCAUUCAUUAUCCAAUAUUGUAAUUAACUAGUGUACUAGCGUAUAGGAGCAAACAGCUGUUAAAUGACAAUAAGGUUAUUGACUUUGACUAUAUAAAAUCAUAUAUAAAUCAGUUACAUACUAUAACAGUAAGACCAACAAAUCUUUCUAGACUAAACCAAAAAUAAUAGGCCUAUCUGAAAUAGUUCAUUCGUAUUCUCAUUCC